AACAAGUGUAACUGUGGUUUCUCAGUUGAAAGCCUACAUUCUGGCUUGCAAUCCAUUCUUGCUUUCGCCCCAUGUCCAUCAAGCUAGGCUCGAUAACGGCGACUGCUCCCGCUACUCCCUCCGUGUUGCCAGUACCUGAAGAGGAGGAAUAUUACUCGUCAUGGUCGCUUUUUCUCGUCUGUUUGCUGCUCAUUUUGUCGCUGUGGACGUCGUAUUAUCUUCAAAUAAAAAGAAUACGAGCCGUACAUGAGACGUUCGUCGCCAUCUUUGCUGGCAUGCUGGUGGGCCUGGUUGUACGACUCGCACCUGGUACGAUGAUUCGGGAGAUGCUGACGUUCAAACAUACCCUCUUUUUUAAUCUUCUAUUACCACCAAUCAUCUUGAAUUCUGGCUAUGAACUGAAACAAGAGAAUUUCUUUCGUAACUUUGGCUCUAUCCUUACCUUCGCCUUCCUUGGCACAUUCAUCUCCGCGGUUGGAGUGGGUGUCCUCGUUUACAUAUAUUCAUUCCUAGGCCUGGAGUCGCUAGAUAUCACAUUAUUGGAAUGCCUCGUUUUUGGCUCGACACUAUCUGCUACUGAUCCGGUAACUAUUUUGGCCAUAUUCAACCAGUACAAAGUGGAUCCAAAGCUGUAUAGUGUCAUUUUUGGCGAGAGUCUUCUCAAUGACGCCGUUAGUAUUGUUAUGUAUGAGACGCUCACACAAUUCCACGGGACGGAGAUUUAUAUAUCGUCUAUCUUCCACGGGAUUGGUAUAUUCUUGUUAUCUUUCAGUGUGUCGAUGGCACUCGGAGUUAGUUUCGGCCUAGCGAUGUCUCUCGUGCUCAAGCAUUCGUCACUUAACCUGUAUCCGUCCAUUGAGUCGUGUCUCGUAGCCCUCUGUGCCUACACCUGCUACUUCUUCUCCAAUGGACUAUCGAUGUCGGGCAUUGUAUCCCUCCUCUUCUGUGGUAUCACGCUGAAGCACUAUGCAUACCACACGAUGUCCCGACGGACUCAACGUACAACAAAGUACAUAUUUUCAACGCUCGCCCAGCUCUCGGAAAACUUUAUCUUCAUAUACCUCGGGUUGUCCUUGUUUACGAGCCCGCCAUCCUCCGAGCGUGUGACGAACUACGUAAAACCGCUUUUUAUCACCAUCACCACUGUAGCCGUCGUCUUCACGCGCUACGCAUCCGUCUUCCCCCUCUCUGAAGCUAUCAACUUCUUCCACCGCCAUGCUCGGGGCCAGCGGACGGAAGAGCUGCCGCAUUCCUACCAGAUGAUGCUCUUUUGGGCAGGUCUUCGUGGUGCCGUAGGCGUUGCGCUCGCCGCAGGGUUCAAAGGCGAGAACGCACAGACGCUCAGGACAACUGUAUUAGUAGUCGUCGUGCUCACUGUUGUCGUAUUCGGUGGUACGACAGCGAGGAUGCUCGAAGUUCUCGGGAUCCGCACGGGUGUGGAGGACGAAGCGGCUAGCAGCAGCGAAGAUGAGGAUGGACACACUGGAAGGAGCCCGUGGUAUGGCCGUCGUAACACUGGUGGCCCGUGGAGUAGGUAUACAGACGAAGGACUGGGCUAUAUGCCAUCGAACGCGGGAUAUGCGAGGGGAGCAGGCAGAAUAGGCACUCACUACGCACCAACGAGCUACAACCACCAAGCCCAAAGUCCCGCUUCACCGAUCGCAAACCACGCCGUCUUCUCUGCCGCCUCUUCCGAUUCGUAUGAUUCGGAUGUGGAAGUGCUCCCGAUGGCGACGACGUCGAGCGAGCACCCUCCUCCUCCGCCUGGAGGAGGAGGAGAUCCAGAGAAUGGAGGAGCGGGUGCUGUUGGGGAGGACGGGAAAUGGUUCCAGGCGUUGGAUGAGAGGUAUCUGCUGCCUAUCUUCUCGAAUGCGACUGCGAGCAGGACGUUCCACGCGCGACGAGCCCGUAGGACCGCUUCCGGUUCAGCGCACCUCGGAAAUUCCAGAGGUCCAGCUUGGUGGCGAUGGCUCUCCUACUCCCGCCCGAUCCUUUCCGUCUUCGUCGCCACCGGGGGAGCAGAGUCGGUCUGAGAGAGGGUUGGUGAGUCCGAUGCUGAGGAAUGGGAGGGAGGAAGGUCAGAUUCGUACUUCGUAGUUCCCCUAUUAGAUGAUUUUUCGCUUACUAGUAACAUAAAAUAACUUUAUUGAUGCUUUUUUGUACUUAUGCAACGAGCGAUUGGGAUCCCCCUUUUUUGAUA